AUGCCCAGAAGAUCAAGUAACAAACGUUCAAUGACAUACAAAGGAUGCUGGACAUGCAAAAGACGCAAGGUCAAGUGCGAUGAGAAACCUACGAGAUGUGGCAAUUGUACCCGGCUUCGACUCGAAUGUGAGGGCUAUGGGGUCAGACUUCAUUGGACCACGGACUCAUUCUCAACGAAAUCCGAAUCAUCCAGUUUACAGAAUCGAGGACGGAUGAACAUUGACCCAGAAAGUUAUCCUGUGUAUCCCAUGAAUGACAUUGAUCGCUUCAUAGCUUCCAUUGAUCGCGAUUCUCAUGCCAAGAAAGCCUCUCAGCAUGGACCAUUCAAUCUACUACUCCUGCCACUUAUCCAGAAGGAGUUACAUAAUGAUUCGGAUACUAUAAUAGAGGUCGAACAUCACAUAGAAGGGUCCCAUUGCACAAGUUUAUCAGUGUCGUCCACAUCGUCCUCUUCUACCCCUGAUCACGAACUAGAAGCAACAUUCCAGGCAGUGGUAGCCGACACAGGACAUGCCCCAGAAGUAUUUCCCCCAGAUUCACCCGUACAUAACUUAUCAGAUGGGGACCUCAACCUUGUUCAAGUGGUCACUGAGGACUAUCAGGAAGAGGAGAACGACACAGCCGAAAACGGGGAAGAAGUUCAAGAACAUGUGGAUAUUGAGAAUGCAGCCUCUCCUCAGAAAUCAACCUCAACAACACUUUGCAGUGGAGGACUUUCCGCGUUCUGCUUGCAACGAUAUGUCGCCAGCAGCCUAUCUGGCGAUCCCGAAAUCGAUAUGCUGCUUCACCAUUACAUCAUCAACCUGGCCGACCUUUUGCAAGCAGUCCACCAUCCGCAAAACCCAUACCGUCAACUCUACGCCCCCGCUGCGCUCGAGUCCGUAUCUGGUACAGCACUGUCCACACCGGCUUCUUUUAGCCCCAAAUCAAUCAUCAACACGGCUAUAUAUCAUUCUAUUCUAGCUGCAUCAGCAUUCCAUAUGUGGCAGAGCAACCCGCUACAGCGAGCGUUCCAUCAUGUCGCCUCGCAGCACAGGCAGAAGGCCCUCUUUUUCCUCCAAACAGCUCUGGAUACCAUGAGACCCGGGGCUGAAUACAGGCUUCUACUUAUCGCGAUGUUGUCUCUUGUAACUGUUGAUGUCAUGUCAGGUGCAGAGGCAGAUUUCACAGUCCACCUCCAUGCAACACUUCAACUGCGCAGGUCACGGCGGCACUGGAAGGUGGUGAGCCCGGCCACCCAGCAGUUGAACGAAAUUAGCGAGUUCCUGACCUUGCUUGCUCGAACAUUAUCUUUUCAUCCAUCCUCGCCACUAUGGUGCGCGGACCACGGCGAUGGCAAGGGCAAUGGUAAUGAUGACGUCCCGCUCGCUCAGGGCUCUAAUCAGUGUCUGGGAUACAUGUAUGGAAUUACUAUCACAAUAGCAAAUGCUAUUAAGGAAACUUGCAGGCUAGCGGAAACUAUUACUUGCAUCGAAGAAAGGCAAAACGAGGCUUUGCCCGAAUGGCUUCGUCAAGCUUGCGAGGACCUAGGUGAUCUACUACUAUCGUGGACACUAGACGAGGCAGAGGUCAAUUCGAUAGCCAACGAGGAAAUGAGGGCAGUGUUUAAGCAUCACGCGCAUGCUUGGCAUCAUGCGGCACUCAUUUAUUAUUGUCGUCGAGUGCAGAAAGUGCCAAGUAGCGAGUUGAGUGAAGAAGCAAGCAUUGUUGCGGAACACAUGCAUGCUGUCGAAACUCUCAAAGCCACCUCACGGUCAGAGCAGGCAAGCCGCAUGGCGCCUAUUACAUGGCCCGCCUUUAUAGCGUCUUGUGAUGCCAUAGAUAGGGACGUGUGGAUGGACUGGUGGGAGAGGGUGAAGCAUUAUAAAAUUGCAAACAUUCCACGCCAGUAUGACGUGGUAAGGGAACUAUGGGAAAUAAUUGAUGAAAAGACGCAGUCGGGUGAUUGUUCCAUCGACUGGAUUACAGUGUAUAAGGAGUUGGACAUUACUCUGUUGCCAAUAUAA